AAGCAAGGAGAUACAGAGGAAUUUUGAUAACAAUCAUUUCGAUACGGAUGGACUUUUGGAAUUGUUUUUAUCAUUUGUUGAGUGCUUCCACAGCGCAGGUCGGUUACUUGGCGAAUAACCCCGAGGAUUGCACACCUUGAGCAUCAGUGCGUAGUGAAACGGCAAGGUGUCAAGUACAUGCUUACUCCACUGCAGAAAGAUUAACACGAGAACGUUUAUUAAUCGUAACAACGACAAUGAGUCUCGCUAAGCAAAAUUUCAGUUCUGAAUGUGAGGAUGGAAUUAACAAACAGAUAAAUAUGGAAUUGUAUGCGAGUUAUGUGUACCUGUCUAUGUCGUAUUAUUUUGACAGGUGUGACAUUGCUUUGCCAGGGAUGCAUCAUUAUUUCAAAAAAGCAUCAGAUGAGGAACGGGAACAUGCUAUGAAAUUCAUGACUUAUCAAAAUAAAAGAGGCGGGUCAAUUGUAUUGACGGACAUCAAGGCGCCAGUUUUGCGAACCUGGGGAUCUGCUAAAGAUGCUAUGAAUGAGGCUUUGAAACUUGAGAAAGCUGUCAAUGCGUCUCUUCUUGAACUGCAUGCUCUCGGUGGAACUCACAAUGACCCAAAUUUCCUGGACUUCUUGGAGACUGAGUUCUUACAGGAGCAAGUAGAUGCCAUAAAAGAGAUUGCAGAUCAUGUAACCAAUCUAGAAAGAGUUGGAGAAGGUCUUGGAGUUUAUAUGUUCGAUAAAAACUUGGCAAAAAGCAGUUAAAUACAUUUUUCUAUCGCUGAAUUAUAAGCACAAAUCAUACUCCGAAAUCUGUAAGGUAUAUUGAAAAUGCGUUGUUACAGUGACAAGUGAGAUAACAACAAUUAUUUCUCGUAUCACCCGAUGCAAAAUCUUUCCACUGCAAAAAAACGUUCAGAGUACGCUUUACAUGUUUCAAUAGAGUAGUAAAGUGGUGAGAGGUAUUAAGCCGUAUAUUUUCCUGGUGUAUAUUAGAUUAUCUUGAUAAUGAUUUAUAUCAGGAAAAUAUGUAAAAAGACAUUCAGAAGUUAUUUUGAAGAUGAUGUUGCGAUACUUUCUUUCAAAAUAAUUUCAUUUGGAGAUGAAUGCGCAAAUUCCAAACAUGUCGAAUCUGACUUAUUACCGUUUACGGAUUAGCUACUCAUGCAGUUUUUUUUUUAAAUCCUCGUAGCUCAAUGAGAAUUCUCUAUUUCUACCAAUAAAUAAAAAGCCACCGGAGUUCGAAAGACCCUGAAGUGCAUAACGUCAUAUUGUUUUAAUUUAUAUUGAUAUUGAAAAGAUAAAAAUGUAUUAAUAAGGAUAGUCAAGUAAAUGCUUAAGGCUUAUGAAAUUGAAUAAAUAUGUUCCUUUGAAUCAA